AUGGCGACCCCAGCGGCAACUCCGACCGGCCAGAGGAGCACGUGCGGCAGCGGAACGCCGCUGAGCCCGACCCGGAUCAGCAGACUGCAGGAGAAGCAGCAGCUCCGGGAGCUCAACGACCGGCUGGCCGUUUACAUCGACAAAGUCCGGAGUCUGGAGUCCGAGAACAGCGUGCUCCAUCUGCAAAUCAGCGAGAAGGAGGAAGUGAGGAGCCGGGAGGUGACCGGGCUGAAGGCUCUGUAUGAGACGGAGCUAGCCGACGCCAGACGGUCUUUAGAUGACUCCUCCAAGGAACGGGCCUGGCUGCAGAUCGAGCUGGGAAAGAUCAAAUCCGACCAUGAGCAGCUGCUGCAGAACUACACCAAGAGGGACUCGGAGGCCGCCGGAGCCCAGGCCAGACUUAAGGACCUGGAGGCUCAGCUGAACUCCAAAGAUGCCAUGUUGGCCACAGCUCUGUCAGAGAAGAGGGGUCUGGAGGCCUCGAUGGCUGACCUGCAAGAGCAGCUGCAGGAGUUGGAUACUAGUCUUGCUCAGGCCAAAAAGCACCUUGCAGAUGAGAUGCUUCUGCGCGUUGACUUGGAAAACCGAUGCCAGAGUAUGACAGAGGACAUGGACUUCCGCAAGAGCAUGCAUGAGGAGGAAGUGAAGGAGGCCCGGCAGCGGUACGAGACCCGGCUGGUGGAGGUGGACUCUGGAAGGAAGGAGGAGUACGAGUACAAACUGACUCAGGCCCUGGCUGAUAUGAGAACCCAGAAUGAGGAGCAGAUCAAGCUCUACAAGGACAACCUGGAGAGCACCUACCUGACCAGACUGGAAGAAAUGCAUCGUAUGUCCGAGAUGAAUGGAGCAUCAGCCAACAUGGCCCGAGAGGAGCUGAGGGAGUCCUCCCUGAGGAUCGAGAGCCUCACCAGUCAGCUGUCAGCCCUGCAGAAGGAGACUCGUGGUUGGCGUGAUCGUAUAUCAGAUUUGGAGGCGGCGUUGACCCAGGAGAAAGACACCGCCCGCAGACUACUCGCAGACAAAGACCGCGAAGUUGCUGAGAUCCAAGCCAAGAUGCAGGAGCAACUGAACGAGUAUGAGCAGCUGCUGGAUGUCAAACUGGCUCUGGACAUGGAGAUCAACGCUUACCGCAAACUUCUGGAAGGAGAAGAAGAAAGGCUGAAGCUGUCACCCAGUCCUUCAGCCCGUGUCACUGUGUCCCGAGCCUCGUCUAGCAGCCGCAGCAUCCGGACCACUCAGGGAAAAAGGAAGCGCGUGGAUGUGGAGGAACAGGAAGCCAGCAGCUCCGUGUCCAUUGCCCACUCUGCUUCCGCCACAGGGCCCAUCCUCAUUGAUGAGAUCGACACCGACGGCAAGUUCAUCUCCCUCUGCAACACCAGCGAUGAGGACCAGGCCAUGGUGGGAUACGAGAUGGUCAAAACGAUCGGAGACGACUCCGCCACCUACAAGUUCACCCCCAAAUAUGUCUUGAAGGCCGGUCAGAAGGUCAUGAUCUGGGCCUCGGAUGCAGGUGUGAGCUCCAAGCCUCCCACAGACCUGGUGUGGAAGACCCAGUCCUCCUGGGGUUCAGGGGAGGACGUUCAGGUGGUGCUCCUUGACCCUCAGGGAGAGGAGGUGGCGAAGAGGAUCACCACCUACAGCACCCCGGUAAUAGAGGAGCAGAUCGAGGACGACAACGGGGUGGAGGCCAUCGAGGAGGAGCUGAUCCUCCAGGGUGAGCCUGGUGCUGCCAAGAGAGGAUGCGCCAUCAUGUGAUUCCACUUCACCAACAGACCACCUCCUUCACUGAGCCCAGCCAGUCUGCUGCCAACUACAAUACCUACAACUAUUUUUCUAUCUUUUUAUAGUGUGUUUUAAUAAUAAAUGUCUGGUUUUUAUUUUAUCUGCUUGAACAAUAUUGCAAAACUGGUUUUGGUAGAUGUAUUUUCAACUGAAAAACCAAAAUACUGUUAUUGAACAAGAUUUGUAUUCGUAGGUUGGAAUCUAUUUUUUCUGUUUUUAAAUCCAUGAAACAAGUAGCUAAACUCAAGGACAGGCUGUGUCUUAAAGGAACGAGGCAUUUGCUACAGUAUGUGAUCUUUUGUUUUUUAAAGAAUAGAUUUUAAUUGUAUUUUUAUUUUGUAUUUCAUCUUGUUAUUAUUGAUGGUAUAUUUUAGGCCUUUAAAUUAAAAGUAAAGCUGACAGUGCUUAGUUUAGACCAUGGGCUGGUUUAGAUCAGGUUUUCACUUGAGAGCUUCUGUAUGAUUGUAAGGAAAACGCUGAAUUAUAAGCACACUAAAUACUCGUCAUAAACAGCGGAACAUGUUAUGGUUGACCACUCCAAAGGACAAGGACCUUGAGUUUGAAAAUGAGUCUGAAUUUUGUGAUUUUAGAUGAUUUGGAAAAGUAUUCAGUGAAAUUUUUCCCCCAAAAAAAUGAAAAUGCCAUGAUUGUACUCUUGAAGUCAAAUGACAGGUUCAGGUUUGUUUGCAGAUGAGGUUACCUUCAAGCCCCAUUUGUGUAGGAUUAAAGUAUGGCUUUCCCACAGCCUCGAAUAAUCGGACAGGACACUACAAAGAGCUCCAACACCUCAAUCUGCUCCCUAUUACUUGUCUUUUAAAUCAGGUCAUAAAUUAAACCACAAGAAAACCAGGAUGUUGAAACUGACCCGUGCACAAUGUAGGCUUUAAUGUGACGCCAUGCAACAAACAUGGGCUUCUCUCUGUUGACUUUACGCCACUAAGUAAGAUGUGUUGAUUGUAUUCUUAACUUUUUGAUAUUUGAUGUGUUUGAAGUACUUUGUGUGUUACUAUGCAUGCUAUGGCUGUACUCUUCAUAGUUAAAUCAUAAAAAAGUUCAUUUCUUGUUGCUGUGUUUCUUAUUCCAACUGUGCUUUAUAGAAAACAUGAGGCCGAAGUAGAAAUAGAUAUCGAGGAAUUAAUAAAACAUCAAAAAAAUGUGUGGUAAU